UGGUAUAGCCGUAUAGCAGCUGUGUGGUUGUUUAUGCUGUUCUUGAAUCUGUUGCUCAGAGGAACGUUAUGGCUGAAUUUGAGGAAACUGUGAGGUUGAUAGAGAGUGCUUACAAGAAUAUUCUGGAUAAGUUCAACCCAUGUGCUCGCCAGCUUAUUUCUGCAGGGCGGACCUAUCUGAAGGCACUGCACGGUGCUGUUGCAGCGUCAAAGGGUUACACCGACGCCAUAUCUCGUCUGGCCAGGCAUGCACAUCAGGCAACAUGGGGUGGCUGUACAGACAUUGGUACAGCUCUGAUGCAAUUGGUCGAUGUCCAGAAGGAAAUUGAAGCUCAACAGAUGAAUAUACUGAAGGCCUUCUACGUUGACCUCUUGGUGCCCUUGGAGAAAAAUAUAGAAAAAGAUGCCAAAGUGGUUGCUAGUGAACAGAAGAAGUUCCUUCAGCAGCAUAAGGCUCAGCAAGAGGCAUACCUCAAAGUUGCCGCCGUUGUCAAGAAACAACACAAGAAAAGAAGGGGUGGAAACCUCGACAAAGAUAUGAAGCAAAUGCAAAUGCUCCAAGAAGAGAAAGGAAAGCUAGAUGGAUUCUGUGAAAGUAGUCUCAAACAGGCAAUCACACAAGAGCGCAGACGAUUUGGCUUUGUCCUGGAGCGACAGUGUUCCCUGGCAAAACACUACCUGGCCUUCCACGCAAAGGGUCAUGCCUUGCUGCAGUGCAACGUUGAUAAUUGGCAAGAAGUCAUCCAGAUGAGAGAAAUCCUGCCCGACUCCAUGAGGAAGAUAUUCAGCGCUGAGCUACGAUUCCCCCAGAUUUCCGAGUAUGCGUCGCCUGGGAUUUUGUCCGACCCCGAGUCGGCACGUCUGAGCUCGGUGUUUAUGCGCAAGAUCCGCAGUACCGACGCCAGCUGCAUUGAUCUGCGUAGUUUAGCUGUUGAUGCCCGCCCUCUGUCACGUGCCAAAUCAGACUUGAACUUGGCUCCGUCGACGGCUAGUGUCGACUCUGCAGAAUACGUAGCCAUGAAGGAUGACCAAGCAGAGAGACAUGUUCAAGCACUCUAUUCGUACCUCUCCAAUGGCGAGCACCAGCUGAGCUUUCACGAAGGAGAUAUCAUAGAAUUGGUGGGAAAUCGAAACAAGGGCUGGCAAUAUGGAGUCAACCUCAGGAAUCACAGAAGCGGAUGGUUUCCGAUAGCAUACACAGAACCUCAAGAGACGUCAGAUUUUGACAGCUCUGUCAGCUCCGAUGCUGCUCUGUCAUCAACUGGUGUGUGCUGGAGAACCAAGAGCGGUGACAUUGGAUCGUACAAUGCUUGUCUUCCAUCUUCCCCCGCACCUCAUCGCCCUAUGUCCAGCUUUGCUGAUACAUACCUUUUUCGACGGCAGUCCCGAGAAGAAAGAUCAGCUCUUCCCGGAUCAGAGCUCCCACAAGUGGCAUGUGGCACCCUUGCCACCAUCCACCCACUUUACCACCAUCCACAGAGUAUUCUGAGGCCUCCGAGACGUUCUCUCACCUCUCCCCUCCCGUUCCCGCUUCCACCGCCAAGACUGCCACCAUCUGCGAGUCUGCACAGUAGCAGUGACAGUGGUUUUUAUAACGAUUCUCAGCCAGGUGGUGCCCCGCUUGCUGAAGUGGAGAGUGUGGAGAUGUUACCGGACGACGUCACAGAGGACGGCAGCUUCUCUUCAGUAGAUAAGUGACUGACAAAUGUUCUGCACCCACAUCACUGUAUGUCUUUGAUAACUGUGACCACAGCAUGCACUAAAAAUGCCAACACCCUUUGCAAGUAAAUGCUAGUAUUUGUCAAGGGUCAGCGACAGUGAAUGCGGUCUGCGACAGGACAAGAGAACUAUUUUGUCGCUGGGGAGCACCGCAAACUUUACUCACUGAUAAUGGAGUCCAACUAAAAGCAUCCAAAUUGGUUUCCCUUUGUGCGCUCCGGGGAGGUAAACAAUGCUUCACGCAGUGUUAUCAUCCUCAGCCGAAUGUAACUGAACGAUAUAAUCAGACGACCCUCAUCAAGACAUUCUUGGAGGAGGACCACCGACAAUGGGACUUGCAACUUCCCGAGCUCCUGUUUGCUUUACAGUCUGCAAUCAAUCGUUCAUCAGGGGAAACUCCUUCUGAGUUAGUACUCACAACCAUACUGAGAGCGCCGGCGGAUUCAGUUCUUCCUAUUGGACUACUACCAGAACAUCCUAACGGAAGCAUUCAGCAACGCCUCGAAAAAGCAAGAAAUGCACUGGUUAUCUGAACAGAUCUCGACGCUAUGCAGAGUUCAGCAUCGGAGAUUUGGUCCUCUAUCACAACAGGAUUUUAUCAGACAGGGCGCAAGGGGAGACAUCUCGUCUGGCAAGACCGCGACUUGGUCCUGUAGAAGUUCUGGAGAGAACAGGCGACAUCUAUAAGUUAGAUCUCGGAUCUCAAAGAAGCUCCAGGUUUCAUCUACAAGAUUCGAGACGUUACGCGCCAAGAUGAGGGUUUACUAUGUAAAGCAACUACCAAAAGUUGUCUCCUUCGUCACUGUGGCAGUUUACUCACCCCAUUCGUACCGUCAACAGGGGGGAGGAGUGUAAGGUACAAGAUCAGCAGGAUCCUGGUGACAGACGAAGAGAAAGAUGAGGAACCUGAAGGAAGUUUUUUGGAAGCAACGGCAUGAGACUGGGGUAUUUGGGCUUGGGGUUAGUAGUGUAUGUCUGAGUGUUCAGUAAAAGUUGUUCACAGAAAACAUUCCUGUACGUUC